UAGUCAAGACAAACAAUAAGAUUGUCAAUGUGUUUUAAAUUGCUCUUAAUUCUAUUGAUAAUUCAAUUAGAUUUUAACUGAUUGCAUACUUUUACUGAGAUGUUUUGCUAAUUGCCACCAACUCACCUUGGGUUUAUUGUGGUCCUAUGAAUAAGAGACUACCGAGAAUCUCAGUCAUCAGCAGGCCUGCUCAGUUCUUGCAAACUCUUUUUUAUCACAGGAAAUAACAUCCUACAUGGCAGAAAAGAAGCAAAAUUACAACCUCACAAACAUUUUAGAUGGAGUGGAAAAGGCUCACAAAGCCGACAUUCAGCUUUACACCUCAGGUCACUUAAAUCACAACAAGCUUUUCAAGCCCCAAGAAUGGAUAAAACACAACUAUUGGAAAAGUGCCCAAAAAUCUGCCUCAAUUUUCCAGAGAAGACCCCAAUUUACAGCACCCAGUGAUGCAUCUAGGAAGGCAUCUAGGAAGGGAAAUACACCAGUUGCCACCCGGGCCAAAUCUGCUUUAUUUUCAUGUCAGCAAUCUCAGGCAUCCACUGCCAACUCAGUAGCCCCAGCCCGUAUUUCGCUUGGUGCUACUGCUUUCACAUGGCAAAGAAAAGAGAAUGAAGAAGAAACAAAGGAGGAAGCUGAUAUAUUUGAGAGACAACUAAUAAGAGAAGAGCUAGAUAUUCCAGAGAUGAAAAUGCUCAAAUACCGACCAACAAGGAACAGUCGGCUUUGUGUCACAAGAGAGAGUAAAGAUGAAUACCAAUUCUUUCCUUCCUACUUGGCUGGCGUAACCAAAACGGACCAGUUCCACAAGUUCAUGCAAGUUCAGAAGGAUUUUAUUGUCAAACAGGAUUUGCUUGAGAAUGACUAUAUAGGAAGCAAGUCAGCAGAGCACCAUGAAAGGAGGUUGGCACAGGCACUCCAGUAUAUCUGCGACUGCAAUCGUCCACAUUUUUACCAUUUGCAGGCUGUUAGUGAUGUGUUUGAAGAUAUCUGCAACAACUCUUUGAUAUUUGGUGAUGUAUUGAAGGAAGUGAAAAAUGAAUAUGAGCUCUAUAUGGUGAUCCUGCUGGAGUCUCUGCCUACAGUGCAAUACAGAACUUUGCAAAAUGAAGUCAAAGGCAUGAGGAAGAGAACAGUGAUGACCCAUGAAAUAGAAGAGAAAAGGAAUGACAUACAGGCUCUUAUGCAGAAAUCCAAAGUGGCUUUAGCAAGAAAUGAAGAACUCAGGCAUGAGUUAGAAAUGGAAUCGUGGGCAAGCCAGUCUGUCUCCAAAGUAGGUGUAAAGGAUCGUGAGCAGCAGGCAGCAGGGACUCCUUUGCUUUCCACUGCUGAGCAGAUGGCAUCCCUGAGGUGUCAAAUUAUCAUGAAAUGGGAGGAGAUUGGAGCCAUGGAAAAAGAAAUUAAAGAUACUAUGACUUUUGCUGGCAUUGCAAACAUCAAAGAGAAGACAGUUAAAGAAUUAGAGGGUGAAGCAUCAAAACUUCAGGCAUCUAACACAUUUCUGAAGAAACAAAUAAAGGAUGCUGAAAGCGAUAUCACAGCCUCAUUCAAGAGGCAUAAUCUUAGCUCAGAGUCCCAGAGACAUCUGUGGACUAUAGUGAAGGAAUUCUUGUCACCUGAUGGCGAGGAUGACCCUCUCGAGAUAGUAGAUUCAUUUUCUGAGUCUUCUUUACUGACCUUUUAAUAUCAGUAUUUCUAAGAAGGAAAUGCCAAUAUGGAAAAUGAAUGUUGAAACAACUUAGAACUUUUGCAUUGAAUGUGUUAUUUGGGGGAAGCUGGAUGAAAUUCUUCCUUCCUUUUUCUCUUCUUCCCUCUGCACACAGAACCAUGUAUCAUGUUUUUAUACGCAAAAUUAUGUGCACAUAUAAUAAUAGCUAUAGUGAUACUGUCUGCUGGUUGUAGUUUUGACAAAAUAAUGGCCACUAUAUUUGAAGGGUGAUUUCUUUAAUGGAUUUGGGUUCUGUGUUGCCAUAAAUAACUAAUCUUUUUAAUGAUUUCUUUUUGAGAAGGAAAAUAAUUAGCAGACUGAAGAUACAGUGUGUGAACAAUUUUCUACUUCAAAUAUGAUUAAAUCCAUAGAAAUCUUAUGAAAGCUUUGACUGUAAUAGUGAGAAAAAAAUGAUUGUAAAAAUGCUUUCUUUUUAUUAAAACAAGCCUUGCCUUUAUUUCCAAGAAUGUUAUUAAAUGUCACACAUAAAAUUUAUUGAACUACGUGUUGACUAUGUAAUUAAAA